AUGGCAGGGCUUGUUUGGUAUAGUAUCAGAGCAACGCAUAGCUCAGCACAGUACAGUAGAAGCCCGUCUGCUCCCGUCGGGCCUUGCCUAGACACAGGUUUGUUUGCUUGCUUGCUUGCUUGCUUACACUACUCGCACCGUCUUCUCUAUCUUGUUCAACUCCGUCUAUCAUCUUGGCCAGACUGCCAACCUGUAUCAAAAAGAAUCAUGUCUGAAUCGCAACCGCCCGCUACGGCGUCAGAGGCUGCAGCUGCACCACCAAACGAAGCGCCUCCUCGAACCAGCAGCCAGCACGCCCACGACGAAGCCCAACAGGAGUCAAAAGAGCAGCAGGUCACUGCCGGCGUGCCGGACGAGCAAGACCAAGAUGACGAUGAUUCGCCUAGAAAGAAGCCAAUGUCGUUUUACUUUGCCUUUCUCUCCCUUGUCAUCAUGGUCUUGAUCGUUUCCAUUGACUCUACAGCCCUUGCUGUGGCCAUUCCCGUCCUCACCAAUCAGCUGGGUGGAACAUCUCUCGAAGCCUUCUGGGCCAGCUUGUCGUUUAUGCUGUCGGUUGUCAUUACCCAGCCUCUCUACACCAGCGCCUCGGACGUCAUCGGCCGCAAGCCGCUGCUCUACGCCGCCUUUGUCUUCUUCUUCAUCGGAUCCAUCGUCUUUGCCGUCGCGCAGACCAUGCCCGUCGUUAUCCUCGGUCGAGUCAUUCAGGGCCUGGGCGGUGGCGGCCUCGACGUGCUCAACGAGGUCAUCAUGUGCGACAUCACGACGCUCAAAGAGCGACCCUUUUGGUUAGGCCUCCUUGCCGUGCCCAUGGCUGCCGGCGUCAUCCUCGGCCCUGUCCUUGGCGCUCUCUUCACCGAGUAUGUCACUUGGCGCUGGAUCGGCUGGAUCAACUUGCCAUUGGUGGCUGUUAGCGCUGCCUGCGCCUUCUUCUUCAUGCACCUCAAGCCCAUGGACGGAUCCUUUAGCGCUCGCCUGGCCAAGCUGGACUGGCUCGGCAUGGCCCUUUUUGUUACUGGAUGCACACUGUUUGCGCUUCCACUGAGCUGGGCCGGAUCGCUGUACGCCUGGGGCUCGUGGAGGACGAUUGUUCCGCUCAUCAUUGGACUCGUUAUUCUCGUCAUCUUUGCCAUCUACGAAAAGCGCCCCGCCGAGGCUGUCAUUCCUUACCGCUUCAUGACCAAGCUGACCACGCUGGCGACUCUGAUGGGAGGCUUCAUCCACGGCCUGGUGCUGUACCCCUCGACGCUCUACCUGCCGCUCUUCUUCCAGUCCGUGUUUCUGCAGACGCCUCUGCAAUCUGCCGUUUCGAUCCUCCCGCUCUGCUGCGUCCUUAUCGCCUUUAGUAUAAUCACUGGCUUCACUAUUGACAGCCUCCGGCGCUACCUUUGGCUGCUCUGGGCGUCUUGGGUUGCCAUGGCUGUCGGCACGGGCCUGUACGCGCUCUGGGACGAAAACGCAACAUUGGCCAUGACGGCCAGCUUCCAGGUCAUUGCGGCCAUUGGACUCGGCGUCCAGUUUGUGGUGCCGGCCGUUGCAGUGCAAGCCAGUGUUGUUCCCGACGAUCAGGGCCUGGCCGUGGGCAUCCUGGUGUCGUUCCGCCUGUUUGGCGCUCUGGUGGGCCUCGCCGCUGGCUCUACUAUAUUUAGCAGCGCCUUUGCCAAGUCCAUUGUUCACGCGGAGCCGCUUCCCGACGUAUUGCAUAUCCUUCGAGACUCUUCUGAAGCUGUUGGCUUUAUUACUCAUCUACGCAGCGUCAAUGUGCCACCCGAGGUCAUGGCUGCCGUGCAAAGAGCCUACCGCGACUCGUUCAAGGCGCUUUGGUAUCUAAUGACCAGCUUCAGCGCAUUUGGUCUUGCGUCUUCAUUUUUGGUCAAGGAGCUGUCUCUGGAGACGGAAGAGGUUGGGCGUCAGAACUUGGAGCAGAAGAAGCCGGCUGCAGCAGAGGAGGCGUAG